CGGGGCAGGGGUGGGACCAGGGGUACAAAAGCCGCUAGGGGCCUGGGGAAGGGUCAGCUAGCCGGAGCAACAAUUACACCUCCUGGCUUACAUUUGCGCCUCUGCCCAGAUGGAAUCCGUGCGCCUGCUGCUGCUCCUGCUCUUCACUACUGUUUCAGGAAAAUCUCAUGUGCAUCGGAGAGGACUCACGGAGCUGGCCACAACAAUCACUUGUGCUACCAAAUCGUCAGCAUUAGUUUAUUUAAAAUAUGGCUGCUACUGUGGAUUAGGAGGAAGUGGUCAGCCCCAGGACCAAGUUGACUGGUGUUGCCAGAAGCAUGACUGCUGUUAUAAGGCGGCUUCAGACGCUGGUUGUAUCCCCAAGUUACAAACUUAUAGUUGGAACUGCGUAAACAAUACGGUGGAAUGUGCGUCCUCCCAGAGCAAGUGCGCAGCCAUAGCUUGCAAAUGUGACCAGGAGUUAAGCCACUGCUUGGCCUCUGCAAAAUAUAACAAAAAGCACUUUUUAUCCCUGGCCUCGGAUUGUGGAGACCAAUCCCCCAAGUGUGAAUGAUGCCGCGGGGGACGCUUCCCUUUGGACCUCCACCGGCCGAGGCGGGCGUCUUCUAUCGCACCGAAACCCAUCUGGAGCCCAUUUCUGUCCUUCGACCCAGCGAUGGCGUCCAAGACAUCCCGCUGUUUGAUUGUGAAGCUGAUUCCAUGGAAAAUGUUCUAAAUAAGCUCAUAAAUAAAAUAGUUGAUUAAGCGGC